GGACCAAAAUAAGACGGAACGUCUGGUGGUCGCUUACAAUCAUAACAUCAAAACACAGGGAUUAAAAUCGGCUGUCAUCGAAACUUUUGUGUUGUUUGGACCUCAGCAGACAGAUAAAUGUCUGACGCAUCAGAGCUUCGCAACAAAGAAGAAGAGACGGUUUCAUCUGAACCAGAGGGACAAUCUGAAGACAGCAGUGAGGAGGAAUCUGCAGAAGAUACAGAAAUGGACCUUCUGCGCAGUCUGUUCUCCACCGGUCUGGGUCUGGGCUCAGCAGAGAAAGUUCUGGAUGACCUGACUCUGGAGGGCGUGGCACGAUACAUAAACAGCGGCAAAUGUAAAAAUAUCCUCUGUAUGGUCGGAGCAGGAAUAUCAACAUCUGCUGGGAUCCCAGACUUCCGCUCCCCAGGAACUGGCCUCUAUGCAAACUUGCAAAAGUAUAACCUGCCCUACCCAGAGGCCAUUUUUCAAAUAGAUUACUUCAAGAAACAUCCAGAGCCGUUUUUUGCUUUGGCAAGGGAGCUUUACCCAGGACAGUUUAAGCCGACAAUCUGUCACUACUUCAUUAAGAUGAUGAAGGACAAGGGGCUCCUGAAACGUUGCUACACUCAGAACAUUGACACUCUGGAGCGAGCAGCCGGGCUGGACGGGAACGACCUGAUCGAGGCUCACGGAACGUUCCACACUUCACACUGCGUCAGUUCCUUCUGCCGCUCAGAGUACACCCUGGGCUGGAUGAAAGAAAAAAUCUUCUCAGAUGAAAUUCCCAAAUGUGACAAGUGCAGCAGUUUGGUCAAACCAGAUAUUGUCUUUUUUGGAGAGAGUCUGCCUGCCCGUGUCUUCUCUACAGUGAAGAAGGAUUUUCCUCGUUGUGACCUUCUCAUCAUCAUGGGGACAUCUCUGCAGGUUCAGCCAUUUGCAAGUUUAAUCAGCAGGGUUUCUAAAGGUUGCCCCCGGCUGCUCAUUAACAUGGAGAAAGCAGGAGAGGCUGAUCCCAUGUUAGGCUUUCUGGGUUUCGGAGGAGGUAUGGACUUUGACUCAGAAAAGGCUUACAGAGACGUGGCUCAUAUCAGCUCCUGUGACGAAGGCUGCUUGGCUCUGGCUGACUUGUUGGGCUGGAAGGCGGAACUGGAAGAGCUGGUGAAGACGGAGCAUGCCAGGAUCGACAGCCAGGAUGAAAAAGAGAAAGAGAAGUCCGGGGAAAGUAAAGGAGCCGCAGCCGAGGCCAGUCCUGCUCCAGCAGCUCCACCAUCCAAAGCAGAGGAGUGACUCAGAGCUCCUGAGCUUCAUAAAGUCUGUCGGCAUGGUGCCAGCGUUUGAAAUGAGAUUCAGAAACCAGGAGUCUGUCACCCUCUGAUCUCUGAGCUUUUACUUCUUCUCUGAGUGCCAGAAUUCAGUUGAUUUGGGCCAUUUGCACUUUACUAACAUGAGUCUGAGCUGACCACGUUCUCUGUGCAGUUCUUACUGCCGUGCAGCUCACUGUUCACAUUUAUAGAUUCUAACCACAUGAUUGUGUGGAACGUGGUUCAUACCUUCGUAGAAGUGUGAAGUGAUGUGAGCUGUUGUUCAUCACCACUUUUCUUUCAUUUUAAAUAUGGUUUGGGUUGAAGAUGGCUGGGUUAUUUUAGAUGUCAGGUUUUCUACGGGCUAAAGUUUAAAUGUUCUGUUUCUAUCAGGUUCUCAACUUCCUGGUUGGUGAACGUGUUCUUAUAAUGACUUAUAAUCAUCAUUUUCCCUUUUAGAAAAAACAGUUUUGGAUUUAUCAGAAUAAUUCUCAUGUGAACAACAAACCACACAGCUUGCUAAAACAUGUUUUACUCAUAGGAGACCUCCACUGGUUCAUUUUUUAAUUUAUAUUUAAAUUCAAGGAGAAUAAACUGGCACGGUUGCUGAAAAAUGGUGUAUAUUACUACAUUUUGUCAAGACAAGCUGAGGUGGAAGAAAAGAAAUGGAUGUGUAAUAAAAAAGACAAAAUAACAUAAGAAUUAAAGAAACCAAUGCAAACUUCUUCAAUAAACUACUUUGGUUAAACUGAUAA